UACACAUCAUUCUCCUAUUAUCAUUUUGCCAGUUUUGGUAAUGAAAUUCAUAUUUGAAAGAGAUGCGCCACAAAUGCCUUUUCGUUACUGCGAGCACGAGCGUCCGUAGCGCAGCUCGGUAGCGAAAUGCUUGCCGUUCAUUGGUGGACGUUCACCACAUUCGGUCGAUGCUGGUAAGUCAUUGGCUGUUGGCCGGAAAAUGACAAUACCUGAACAUAUUCAAUACUUCCGGAAUUCCUCUUUUUGUAAACAAGACUACAAGCUAAAGCAGAAAGCUAACGGCCGGCGUAAAGUCAUAGGGUGGUCAAACUAAUAUGUUUUUGGUGCUGUUUCUGGGUAAUUUCUGUGCUUAUUAACAAGUAAAAAUGAGAUUUAAAACGUCCAUGCUUGCCGAGCCGAGGCAUCACGAUACAGUCACGGCUGUUGGUUGGUGCAACACCGAUGAAAUAUUCUCCAUCAGCGAUGACCACACGAUCCUGCGCUGGAACCUGAUGAGCCAGGAGCAGGAGAAGGUAGUCGAUCUGGGUCCCGACGUGUUUCCUGUGGACCUGCACUGGGUGCCGCGCGACCUGUCGUCCGCCCCCGCCGCCCAGAAGAAGGGCGGCACCAUGGGAGGCGAAAUAUUCGUGGUGGCCGCCGCCGACGGCAAGUUUUACAUGAUGAACAAGGUGGGCCGCGUUGAGAAGACGGUGGAGGCGCACAAGGGAGCCGUUCUGUCGGCACGGUGGAGCAGCGACGGCUCGGCUCUUCUCACAGCGGGCGAGGACGGCGCACUAAAGAUGUGGUCCCGCUCGGGUAUGCUGCGCUCCACGCUGGUGCAGGGUAACAGCUCCAUCUAUUCGGCCGACUGGGGACCCACCUCGGCAGAGGUCGUCUACUCGCAGCGUAAAAACAUCAUCGUCAAGCCGCUGCAACCCAACUCGAAACCCAACUCGUGGAAGGGCCACGACGGUCCCAUUCUCACACUGGCGUGGAACUCCAACAACCGUUUCAUCGCGUCUGGCGCAGAGGACUGCAGGUACCGCAUCUGGGACCGAUACGGGCGCAUGCUGUACAACUCUGUCGCCCACGACUACCCGGUCACAGCCAUCUCCUGGAGUCCCAGCGGCGACAAGUUCGCGGUCGGCUCGUUCAACACGCUGCGCCUCUGCGACAAGAAGGGCUGGUCGCACUCGCUGGAGAAGCCCAACACGGGCAGCAUCCUGAGGAUCGCCUGGUCUAACGACGGUACCCAGGUGGCCGGCGCGUGCUCCAAUGGACACGUCAUCUUCGCGCACGUCAUCGAAAAGCGGAUGGAGUGGAACCAUUUCGAGGCGACCCUCACUGGACGGAAGACUAUCUGCGUACGGGAUGUCAUGUCCGAUGUCUGGGAGAAACUCGAGUUCCAGGAUCGCAUCAUCAUGACCUCGUUCGCAUAUGGGUUCCUCAUCGUGGCGACGACGGGCCAGUGUUUCAUCUACUCGUCUCGCAACUGGAACACGCCGCUGAUCUUCGAGCUGAAGGAGGGCAACGUCCACCUGAUCCUGCAAUCAUCCCAGGUGUUUGCACUGGUGGACGGAAACGGUGUGUACAUUUACACGUACGAGGCGCGUCUACAGAGCUCCCCUCGCUGGUCGGGAAUGCGCCUGGACUCGGUCUCAGAACAGACCAUGUCGCUCGCUAACGAUACACUCGCCUGCCGGGACAGCGACAACGAGAAGGUGAUCCAACUGAUGGACGCCACCACGGGGAAGGCGGUCACUGACAAACCGUUCACACACAAAUGUGAUGUUCUCGAGCUGGCCCUCGAUCAGCACCUGCCGGCCUCUCAGCGGAAACUGGCCUUCGUGGACGCCAACAAGGACCUGUUCCUGCUCACAACGCGCCGCGUCGGGGGCUCGCGCAAGGUGCUGCGACUCGGUAUGAUGGUGCACUCUCUGUGCUGGAGCGCGCAGGCCAACAUGCUGGCGGGCCUGCAGGAGUCGCGUCUCUCCGUCUGGUACUAUCCUGCCGUCAUCUUCGUGGACAAGGAGCUCCUCACCAAGACCAUCCUGCAGAAGGAGUCGCCUGAUUUCGGCAAGAACCCGUCGAUCUCGGCGUUCGGCGGCUCGCAGGUGUCACUGCGCCGCUCCGACGGCUGUCAGGUGGCCACCAGCAUCUCCCCCUACCCGGCCGUCCUCCACAACUACGUUGCCCAGGAGAAGUGGGACGACGCCGUGCGGCUCUGCCGCUUCAUCAAGUCUGACUCGCUGUGGGGCUGCCUGGCCGGCAUGGCCACCGUGGCCCGGGAGCUGGAGACGGCGGAGAUCGCCUACUCGUGUAUCGACCAGGCCGACAAAGUCGAGUACCUGCGAUACAUCAAGGACCUGUCGUCGGCCGAGGCGCAGGCGGCCGAGCUGACGCUUCUGGCGGGGUCGCCGCUGGACGCCGAGGCCAUCCUGAUCCACACCAACCAGGUGUUCCGGGCCAUCAUGCUCAACAUACAGCUCUACCAGUGGGACAAGGCGUUGGCUAUGGCCGUCAAGUACAAGACGCACAUUGACACCGUGAUCGCGUUCCGCAAGAAGUACCUGGAGCGCUUCGAGAAGGAGGAGACCAACCAGCUGUUCCUGCAGUACAAGUCGAUGGACGCCGACUGGAACAAGAUCAUCCUGAAGGUGCAGGUGGAGAUGCAGAAGGAGCGGGUGGACGCCGCCUCGGUGGGCCAGUCCGUCUCCAACACGUACGGUAUCAACUGGCCAGUGGCCAGCGGCGCCAACGUUAACAUCGAGGACGAGAGUGACGUCUUCUGAGAGAGGUGGGAGGGGAAGAAAGAGGUGUGUUCUGAGCUCUCUGAGGGGCGGGAGAGGAAGAGAGAAGAUGGGAGGCACGCAUGGAGUGGGUGCUUCUUGGAGUACCGAGCGUGUAAUCUCCAGUCGGUGAAUGUGAUUCUCCACCAGGUGAUACGGUGGAAUACCAACGAUCUCCGUCCAGUCCGCAUGUGAUCUCAGUUUGUGUGUCGUGUUGUCACUUGGCUUAGCAACUAAAUGUAUCCCACCACUAUGUUAUCGUUGACUUAUUCACGUCCAUCCGCGUAUUCGUAUAGCACAUUCGUAUAGCUAUUCAAUCAACUGAGCUCGGUUUGUGCUAAGUUUCAGCUCGCUGUGUGUUAUGGAUGUCCACUAUUGGCUGAUCUCACUUGGUCCUCUGCUUUGUAGCGAACGCUCACUCUCGCGGUUAUCUGUACCUUUGCGGUACCGUAUAAGUAAAACACCGUCCAAUGAUUUGUGCUCGCCCCCAGCUGCUCUGAUUUCAGUCGAGUCGGGACACGGCCGGACGUUCCGAUAUAACCUCGUGUGUGACACCAAUAUUCUAGUCAAUCGGUGAUAAGCAGGUUACAGCGUUAUCGGGCGUUUGAAACUGAAGGAAAGUUGUUGCCUCACCACGGUUCUAUUUAAAACUGACGUCAAAUAUAUUUGCCAUUUGGUCACAAAUCUUAA